AUGGACAUGUUUAUGGUGAGAAUAGGAAGACUAUGCUUGCUGACGUGUUGGCUAAGCUUGGUUUUGAUGAGACUGUGGAGGGAAGAUUCACCUGUGGGUACCUUCCAACCACGUCCUCGACAACUUUUCCAAUACCGUCAUUACAGGUAUGUUUUGGAUUCUGGGACUGCUGCUCCUCUCACUUUAUCCAUGCUUGAGGAAAUGCUUAAUUCUCCAAGAUUGGUCUCAAAAGCCCGGGCUUUUGAUUUAAUCUUAAAUCUUGGGGUUCAUGCUCAUUUAUUGGAGCCACUAGUACCUGGUGAUGGAUCCACUAUUGAAGAAGAGUAUUCUCAGGAUCCAUACUUUGACAAUGAAGUGCAACUUGCCACCCAAGGAAAGAGAAAACCAGAUUAUUUUAAGAAGAUGGGAAAUUCCUCAGCUAUUGAAAAUUUCGAGAUUUGGAUUUUGAGCAUUCUAACUUCACAAUGGUGUUCUCUGUUACUGUGUCUGAAUUGA